AUGCUUGGCGUCCUGUGCUUCCUGUUGUGGGCUGUUCCUCGGGCCAUCGCAGCAUACGCCAAUCUUGGGAAACACACAAGUGCCAAUGUCUGUUCGCUCCAGCCGCUAGGGAGCGGCUUCGAUGACACGGACCAGGUGGAAGCUGCCAUCGCACAAUGCGGACAUUAUGGCACUACCGUAUUCGCGCCUGGCGAAUACAAUAUCACGAGAAAGUUGCUGUGGGAUCUGGUCGAAUCGCGAGUGGAGCUGCAUGGUUAUCUAAAUUUCAAGGCGGAUCUACCCUAUUGGAUGGAUCCCGAUCAUACAUAUAGGGUCAUCGUCAUCCAGAGCCAGUCGUCGUGGUUCGUGAUCACCGGACGCGACUUCGUCGUGGACGCUCACAACACCGGAGGGAUCAUCGGCAACGGACAAUACUGGUGGGACUGGUACGGCACCUCGAGCAGGCUGGGGGGCGACGGGCGCCCAGUGGCUCUGUCAUUGUGGCACGUCUUGAGAGGGACGAUCGCCAAUUUCAGAAUUGAGGGACAGCCGUUCUGGUGCAACGCGCUGUCGGAAUCGCAGGACGUCGUGUAUGACGGCAUGUAUUGCAAUGCUACGAACACCAAUCCGGAAUAUUUCCAUGACAACCUCGUGCCCAACACUGAUGGAAUCGACACUUUCCGCUCGGACAAUGUGUCUCUGCUGAACUUUGAUAUGACUCUCGGAGACGAUUGCUUAGCAAUCAAGGGUAAUUCUACGAACAUAUACGCUCGUAACAUCACCUGCCAUGGAGGCAACGGCAUCGCCAUUGGGUCGUUGGGGCAAUACUCGGAUCUCUUUGACCGCGUAGAGAAUGUAACCUUGGAGGAUCUUCGUGUAAGCGAUGUGAUUGAGAACGAGGAGCUCACUCACAAACUGCUUCAGAUCCUGCGGAUAGAUCCCAGUAUUCAGCCAAAUAUGGGCGCAGGGGUAUACUUCAAGUCAUGGACAGGCACAAGGAUCGGAUUCCCUCCCGACGAUGGAGGAGGGGGGCUGGGUCUUGUCACAAAUGUCGUAGUGCGGAAUGUCGUGCUGGACAACGUCACCCUCCCGAUAGAGUUGUACCAAACGAGCAGCGGACAUCCCGGCGACGCACCUUCGCGACUUCAAUUUUCCAAUCUCACCUUCACCAACUGGACUGGAACGGCGACUGGGAACACUAUUGUGGACUUUGCAUGUAGCCCAGCCGCUCCCUGCCCCGGCAUGGUAUUCGAAGACAUCAACGUCACUCCACUUAACGGAGACCAGCCGGCGUACAAGUGUUCCAAUGUCAUCAACGCGUACGGGUUACCAGGUUGCAGUACAGUCAUACAAGAGCAAUGA